AUGGCUCGCUUGUGUUUUGAGGCACACAUGUUGCGCCAACGAGAAGCUGACAUCACUGACUAUACUUCGUAUGCCCGACAAGACUAUCAGCAAGACCUUACCUGCAUGUUCACCUAUGCACAUGCCAAGGGGCAAUUCAGAAAAGGUACGGCAGCUCGCCACUUGAUCCCUCGUCUUGCAAACAUCACCCCCCGAUCCAGACAUGACAAGAUCGCACUGGUCGAUGCGUUUCUCCAACACUACGAAUCGGUCAAAUGUGACCUGCUUUUCAUCAAAGGUGCUAUCACUGUUAAUGCCCAGAUCGACCUCGAUGCCGUCACUGCUAUACGUGACUGUCUCUCUGGUCUCCACUUGUCUUUGGCCAAAGGUGUCAAGUGGCGCACCAUCAUACCAUACACGCCACUGCCCAAAGCCUGUCUUCCAAUGGUGCGGGAUUUCGUCGCGAGCUCCAAGCACUACCACUUUCUUGGUGAUCUCACGCAUACAGUCGUGGAUAUCGAGACCUGGCUUAACCCCCCACCCCCU